AUGGCUGUAGAGAAUCUUCCUCCUCGCGAUACCCUCCCCCCUACCCGGCGUACUUCUCGUCUCCGCCUCAGAGAAUCCCACUCGCUCCUCGCAUCCCUCUGUCGCUCAAGAGUCCUCGAAACAGACACGCCGUCCCCCCUCAUGGAUGCCUUCCAAUUCUUUGCGAGGCCCUCAAUGACGAACGACGGGCAAGAUGUGGGCGAGAUGAGGCUGCAUGGCUUGAGGCUGAAUGUCGGGGAUCACAAGUCUGACGACGCCGGAUCAAUCUUUGUCUCCCCUCCCACCCCCGACAGGGUCGAGUCUCCUUCUGAUGAAGUCACCCUCACCCCGCCGCCAUCAAACCACCCCGUCGUGCGCUCAUCGACUCCCCUCUCCAUGGCAUCUUCCAUCCCCGCAUUUGUCGCCCGGUCGUCCCCAUUACACAGUCCCCUGUCCUCUGCCCCCUCCUCCCCGGGCUCCGUCUCCAUCCCGCUCCACGUCUUUCCGGAAGUGCGCUCGCCGCCCAAAAAGACCCUCGCCAUGGCUGCCGACUCGCUCACAAUAGCUGCCAAGAGGGGCAGACGGUCGAAGCUGUUUGGUUUCACAGAGAUUCCCGGGAGCAACUUCAGCUCUGCUACCAGCUCAGCCGCCAGUUCGCCCGACAACACCCCUCUCGUCAAGCCCCGAGCCGUCCACCGCGCCACUGCAUCCGUCCCAACCAUCUCCACACCUCUUCCCCCGCCAGCAACCUCUGCCUCGGCAGCCACAUCCCCCCAGAUGGUCCCCCGCCGUCACCCCAGCACCGUCGCCCACACGCCUCCCAUCCAUCUUCCACCACGCCGACGGCCCGAGAACGGCCUCAAACUCAACCUCGACGCCAUCCCGCCCAUCUCCGAUACCCCUGCUAUCCAUACCGCAAUUCCGUCGACCCGCUUUGGGAGCGCCCUCAUUCGCAAAAAGUCGGGCCAGGUGCUCAAGUCUGCGCUCAAGCAGCAUGGCGGGUCCAGUGGGGCUGCGACGCCCAUGGACGAAGGUCGGGCCAUGUACGAGUCCAAAUCGUGCCCUUCUACGCCAUCUGCCCUCAAAUUCGUGCACUUUGACUCCCAUCUCGAGCGCAUCAAGCUCUUUGUGCAUGACCAGAAACCGCUGGUGGUCAGCCGAGACGGGUCGCCGUUGAUGGAGGAUGAAGGGGACGAUUAUCCGUUUGGCGAUAUGGAGGAAGAACGCAAGGUCCUGCAGAUCUCGCUUCCCAACUUUCCGACGUACCAUGACCCCCAAUCCGAUCUCUACCUCGAGUCCAUCUUUCUCAAUGACGAUCGCCAGUCCCUUCGAGGCGUCAUCAUCUGCAAAAACCUGUCUUUCCAAAAGUGGGUCGCUGUGCGAUUUACCUUUGACUGGUGGCAGACGACGUCUGAAGUCACUGGUGUUUUCAAGGAAUCUGUCAAGGGCGGGCAGUACGAUAGGUUCACUUUUACAAUCAAGCUGGGCGAUUUGAUCCCCAAGAUUGAGCAAAAGACGCUGUUCAUCGCCGCGAGGUAUAACGUGAAUGGGAGGGAGAUUUGGGAUUCGAAUGGUGGGCAAAACUACCAGGUAUUGUUCACCAAAAACCGCCCUGCUCGACAGCCUACCAAGGGCGCGCGGGACGCUGCUCCCGUUCAGCCUGGUAUGGGCAAGGCGGUCGGGGGCAAAAGCUCCCAGUGGAGUGUCGCAGGUGGAGAUGACAGGAUGGCCGACUUGCGCGCCAAGCUCGAUAGACUCAAAGACGACGACGACCGUCCGCCCUUGUCGCCCAACUCGUCCCGGAACUUUUCCUUCAACAACAAAAAGGCCUCUCCCCGAGCGUCGCUGGCGCCGCUCGAGGUCAAGGCGGCGGAUUCGAACGGACGGGGCGGGUCGCUGGCGGCAAGAUAUGAUUUUGGCGCGUCGCUGAACUUGGCGAGACGCAACUCUAACUCGCCGCUGAGGUCGCCUGUGCCCUUGCCAGAGAUGAAGACGGGUCUGCUAAGCUUUGAUGCGCCCAAGCGCCCUAGUAGCCCGGCUGCUACGACAUUCUACUCGCCCAAAUUCGACCAGGACAAGUUGGUUGGCGACAGCAAUGUCUUUACCUCGCCGAGGUCGAACGCCAAGGCAGUGCCAGUGCCGGGGCUCAAGGUUGAAGGGCCUUCCCCGGAAGGGCCGUCGCCUGAACCCAUCGCUCCGUCUCUCACGCCCAAGACUCGGACCCCUCCAUCUGUACGUGCUGCCAAGGUCGUCUCUACCCAGCCACCACUUGUCCGGACGAUCUCUGCCCCUCCAAAAUUUACCAUCGGUGAACCGGAGCAUAUCGAGGACAACUCUAUGGGCUCGCCUCCUUCGCUCGAUUCGUCGAGCACGGCGACGGCAACGCCGCCCGAGUCUCCCCGUUCACCGUAUGACAAUGGGGGUAGCUGGAGCCCGAGGACGAGCGAGGCCAGUGAGAGUUCGACGAGUCUGAACAGUAUGAGCAGCAUGGCGAGUUAUUCGAGCUUGAUCGAGCAUUUCUGCUGGGCAGGUGAUCCUUCACUCGAUGUCACGCGCCGCAACCACUCCACUUCCGAGCUCGACGAUUACUUUGGCCACCCCAGCUCAGGCUUCUCCACACCACGUGCUGGUACCCCGGCUGGUGGCGCGUCAGCUGCCACCACCCCGUCCUCCACUUCCACCUACUACACCUCGUACGCGAGCAACACGCCCACGAGGGAGGAUCUUGAUGCUGUAGAGAACAGCCUGGAGGAAGGCUUUGGCAGGAGGGUGGGCCAAAGACCGAUGGUGUUUUAG